AGCACUGGCCCGUCUGCAGAGAAAACACAACGCAAAAUUAACGAAAAGACAAUGCUAGACGGCUGGUACUGCAGAUCCCUGGCCAACCAGGAGGAGGGCGCCAUCAAGGACGAGCCGCCGAGCGACGAUGAGCCCGCCCCGCCAGCCAGAGACCGUGUGCCGGCGCUUUCCCGCGGCCCAGCCCCCGCCAGCGCGUCUUCCGUCUCUGCGGGAUUGGGACUGGGAGCCCAGGACACGGACUUCAAGGAGCGCUACAAGAGCCUCAAGAAGAAACUGAAGUUCCUAAUCUACGAGAACGAGUACUUCCAGGAUCUGUUGCACACCAACCAGCGGCGCCUGCUGAAGGUCUCCCGGGAUCGCACCUUCCUGCUGGACCGCCUGCUGCUGUACGAGAAGCCGGCGAAGGACUCCAGCGACACGGAUGCCACCGACAGCUCCGAUUCGGAGCCAGCAUCGACGUCGGGAGCUGCCGGAGGAUCGCAGACCUCCAAGGACGCCAUUCGCCGGAAGCACAAGGACAAGGGAGCACCUGGAAUGCCGGGUGUGGCCCCGCACAUGCCCACUGUGGGCGCCACAAGGGGAAGAAGACGCAAGAUCCUCACCGGAAUGAUGCCCGCGAACCUGGGAAUGCAGGCAGCUGCCGCCAAAAGACAACUCACCGCCACAGUUUCUCCCUCGCAGCAGCAGCAACUCCUGCUGCAGACUGCCCCCAAGGAGGUUGUGUCGCCUGGCCUGAGCCAAGCGGAGAUCGCCCGCCAGCUGCAGGAGCGACGGCCCGCGCCCCUGGAGCUCAUGAGUCCCGAGGCCACAGUGCCCACCACGAUGCUAAGCGAUGAAAGCCCCUCCAAGUGCUAUCCAAAUGAGAGCCUUCAUCAUCUUAUGGAGGACGACUCGCAUUCGCACGAAGUGGCCGCCGAGGAGUGCGUGCCCAUGGAGUACACCAGUUAAUAUUUACCCAAAGCUAAAUUCUACUUUGCCUUAGCUAAUAAACUAUCUAGAACGAA